CCCAAGGAGCGUCCUUAUGAGCAUGACUCCACCAGCGCCCACUACCCUCACCUCCUUCAGGAAAAUCCAAGAUGGCGCCGAUACCAUUCCAAGAAGAAGAGGAAGUAAUGAAAUCGAGAUAACGAAUGGAGGAGAAAGAGAAGCGAAGGAGGAUUCAACUCGAGGAAAUGAAUCUGUGGAAGUGGUCGGGGCGUCCAGAGUAGCGCUCGUGAGUGAAGAUUGUGGAGAAGAGUCCCCAAAGGAAUGGUGGGGAGCGAGGCACACCCUGGCACUCAUGGGUUUCCUGGGCUUCACCGUCUUGUCCACCGUCAGGGUCUGUCUCUCCAUCACGAUCGUCGCGAUGGUCAAAUCAGAGGCCAAAAACUCUACGGACCGGAACGCCUCAUUUGACACCUGUCCUUUCCCCGAUGAUUAUCAUGUGGCUGAGACAAACCGUAAUGAAGCCGGCGAGUUCGCGUGGGACGAGGCGACGCAGGGCAGGAUCCUCAGUUCCUUCUUCUACGGGUACAUUUCCACCAACCUGAUAGCCGGUCGCGCGGCGGAGCACCUGGGGGGGAAACUGGUCUUCGGUCUGGGCUACUCGGUCAGCGGUCUCCUCACGGUCCUCUCCCCCUGGCUGGCGCGGAGGUCGACCGAAGCGCUGGUCGUCGCCAGGGUGCUCGUCGGCGCCGGAGUGGGCGUUUCCUUCCCCGCGAUGACGACCCUCCUUGCCUCCUGGAUCCCGCCGGACGAGAGGGGGAAGUUCGUUACCCUUGUGUAUAAUGGCAUUGACUUCGGGAACGUGUUGGCCCUGGUCGUGAGCGGCUGGCUGUGCGACGUAGAUAUCCUGGGUGGUUGGCCGCUGGUCUUCUACAUCUUCGGCGCCCUGGCUCUCGUGUGGACCUUCGUGUGGUUACUUAUCAUAAGCGACUUGCCUGAGAAGCAUCCUAGAAUAUCGGCGGCGGAGAAGGCUUACGUCAUGCAGCGUUGUGGUGUUACGAGGGAGAAGCCGCUGCCCAUCCCGUGGAGAGCCAUCAUGACGUCACUUCCGGUGUGGGCCAUCAUGGUCGUGCAAACCGGAAACAACUGGGGCUUCUUCACUCUCCUCACCGAGAUGCCGACGUACCUGAAGAACGUGUUGCACUUCGACAUGAGGAGUGUCAGUUGCAGAGAAAAGCAAGCGAACGCACAGCCGGACAGCGUAGAAAAGGAGAGUAGGAAGAGAGAUGAAACUGAAGUUUGA